AUGGAUCCCUCUCUCCCACCGCCAGAUCCCUCCACUUUCCCGCCAGAGUAUGUCAGCGCGAGCAAUGCGGGCCGGAUCGUGGGGAUAGUGGGCUUUUUCCACUUUGUCGCCCUGAUCUUUGUCUCCUUGAGGCUCUACGUCCGAGUGUUCAUGGUCAGGGCGUUCGGAGUCGACGAUGCGCUGAUUCUGAUGGCUUGUGCUCUUGCGCUCAUGUCAUGGAUCUGCUUGGUCCUUCAAAUACCUUACGGUCUCGGCCGCCACGGCCUGGUGGUGCCAGUUGAGGAUAGGAUAAAGUUCGAGGAGAUUACCUUCUGGAAGACGGUUUUCUCGGACGGUUUUGCCAUGGGCUUGCUGAGAGUAUCCAUGGCCAUCAGUCUGCUGCGGCUCAAAAAGGACCUCCAGUGGUAUCGGUGGUCUCUCUUUGCCGUUAUGGCAAUCUACAUGCUCACGACCGGCGGCGACCCCGACGCCAUCUUUGAUUACUGGGUUCAUUUCUGGCAAAACCUCCAACUCAACAUCGGCAUCAUCGCCGCGUGCGCCUCCUUCCUCAAGCCCCUCGUCGGCCGCCUCCUCAAGAUCAACAGCUCAGUCGGCUACUCGUACCCGAGCACGCCAUACGGGCGUAGCGGCGGGGGACGCAGCGGGCGCACACCCAUGGGGGUUGAGACGAUCGGCAGCAAGUACCCAAACCGGCGGCGGGGCGCCGACGCAGAUGAGUUUGAGCUGCACACCAAGAGCGGCUCGCCGACGGGGGAGAGCCGCGUGGUGACGAGCGUCGAAGGCGCCCCCUCGCGCAGGCACUCACCAGACUACUCGGCUGAGCGGGUCGCGCCGGAUAACAAUAGUGAGGAGAUUAUUCUGCAGAAGCAGGACACGGCUCAUGGUAUUAUGAUGACGAGGGAUGCUCUCAGCAGAUAUCGAUACAUGUAUGAGACCCUGAACACUAGUUUACGCGGGGAAAGACGGCAAGUCUUCAACGAGGAGAAGCGACUCAGGCAGAUGGACGAAUGA